AUGCAAUCAGCAUCCGCUCUCGGACAAGAUCAACCAUAUAAAACUCUAUCAAGUGGAUAUAAAAUGCCCUUGAUAGGUCUCGGAACCGAUAAAAUCUUUGACUCUGAUAUUUUAGCUAAUGCAGUAAUUCAAGUUGGCUACAGAACUCUAGAUACAGCUAGCAGAUAUCAAAAUGAACACGUAGUAGGCGAAGCAAUCUAAAAGAUAAUAUCAAAUACUGAACUCAAGAGAGAUGAUUUAUUUGUAGUGACAAAGGUCUGGUAAGAUGAAGUUGAAGAUGUAGAAGCGGCUUGUAAAAGAUCACUUGACAGACUGAAACUAGACUAUGUUGAUUUAUACCUGUUGCAUUGGCCCUUGUAUACCAGACUAGUUGAACCAGCGAAUCCAGAAACAAAUACUCCAGCAAAGUAUGAAAGAAUCAACAUCCCUGUUCACAAAGUCUGGCCUUAACUUGAAGCUUUAGUUGAGAAAGGAUUGGUAAGAAGUAUUGGUGUAUCUAAUUUUGGAGUUUAAAGUCUUUGGGACCUUCAAAGCUAUGCCAAGAUCAUUCCUGCAGUUAAUGAGAUUGAGAUUAAUCCUUUAUAUGCCCAAACUGAUUUAGUUAAGUAUUGUCUAGCCAAUAAUAUUUUGCCAAUUGCCUAUACACCAAUUGCAAGAGCUGCAACCACAGAAAAGAAAAGAGGCACAGAUAAUGUUCUAGAGACAGAUAUUGUUCAAGCUUGCAGCAAAAAGUACCAAAAGUCUCCAGUCUAAGUCGUGCUGAAUUGGGGAAUUUCAAGAGGAUACGGAAUUAUUCCAAAGUCAGCAAAUAUUGACAGACAAAGAGAAAACUUCCAAAUUUAUGAUUUCAAGAUGGAAUAAUCUGAUCUUGAUGAAAUAACAGCUCUCAACAGAGGUCAAAAGAUCUGCUACAGAGAUGAAUUCGUGUUUUUCCAUAAUAUUUUUGCUUGA